AUGGACCGGAGGGUGGAGCAGCAGCUGGGCAGCCACCCCUGCGACGCGUGCGGCGCGGACACCUACGAGGCUAACCUCUCCUGCCACGCGUGCGGCCACGGGUGGGAGGCGUGCGCUGUCAGCGGCUACCCCGUGCACCCAUCAGAGCGCGUCGCGCCCAAGGGCGGGCUGGCGGCGCGCCGCGACGACUGGAACGCCUGGGUCGGGGCGUUUGGGACCGACCCCGUGACCGGCCUGGCGGCCACCCCUUUGUACUGA